CAAUUUUGAUAUAAAUUUUUCAAUAUAAAAAAAUCAUGUCAUCAAGAAAGAACAAACGUUAUUUUUCGGAUGUAAACGAAGAUAAAUAUACCGUCGGGAAAUUAAGUCCAAACCUUCGUCAUGCAUUAGGCCUUGAACAUGAUAUGUUACCAUUUUGGAUUUAUCGUAUGCGAAUAUUAGGUUAUCCACCUGUUUGGUUACAAGCUGCUGAAUCAAAAACAUUGGCUGUGAACGAUGGAGCCAAAUCAAAUCGGCCAUCUAGUUCAUUGGCUAACGGUGAAGACGGUGAACUAAAUGAUAAUCUUAAAUAUAAUAAAGAUACAUUAAUUGAAUAUCCAGGCUUCAAUGCACCAGUACCAAAAAAUGUUCGAGAUGAUUGGGUUAUUCUUGGAAUGCCUCCUUAUCAACAAAAUCAACGUCUUGAUGUUGCUGCUGAAUCUAUGCAAUUCAUUGAACCUGUACCUUAUAAACGUGCAAAAUUGGAUGAGGAUUCUAAUUCAACCAAUGAUUCGAAUACGAAUUCAGACAACAAUAAUGAAUCGAAUACAAAUAAAUCUGAAUCUGUUGUGUUAGUGAAAACCGAAGAUAAUGUUGAUCACGAUGAAAACAGUAAUGAUGAUCGAAAAAAUUCUAAAGAGCUUCAACCAGAAAAAGAAAAAGUGAAGAUAAAAUCUGAAGAACAAGACGAGAUAAUCAAAACAAAUACAAAUGAUGAACAAAAUUCUACGAAUCAAUCAUCGAAUCAUGAAGAAGAAGAAAAAGAAACGAACGAAAUCAGUACAACAACGGUUGAAAAGAAAAUGAAAAUCGUUUCAUAUGGAACAGCUGUUCCACAAACAGUACGUCCAAAAUUACCUUCAUUAGAAAAAUGGUCAAUCGGUAUGGGUGAAUUGUUACAUUUUGAAAAUUUACCCACUUCUACUGGAGCAUAUAAGGAUAAGAUUAAAAAUAUAAUUGAAAAGGUACGGAAUCGUUUUACGAAAAAAUAAUCAUUAUACAAAAAGAUUUUUUAUGUAUAUUUUCAUUUUUAAAAAUUAAAAAAACAAGA